AUGCCUCUUCCCUUUGAUCUGUGUGCGCGCAUGCAAAAUGCGUUUCGUGCGCGCCACAAAAGCAUUUCUGUUGAGCAUACCACGCAAAAUCUCGGAAUCCUUACCAUCCUGCUGCGUGCUGGAUUCAUCUCCAAUCUGACAAGAGGCACCAUUGAAGCGCCUUCACCUACCCAAUUCCAUACUGUGCCCCUGCACCAACGUCGAAUAUGGGCUGACCUCAAAUACCGUGAUGACCGUCCUGUACUAAACCACAUGGAACUCAUCAGCAAGCCCAACAAAAAAGUCGAGAUGGACUUGUCGGAAAUCAGGUUGAUAUGUUCUGGGAGGCGGGCGAAGACAGUGAAACCUUUGGGAAUGGGGGAGAUUGCUGUGGUGAAGACCGAGAACCUAGAGCACAAAUGGAUAGAGGCACGAGAGGCACUGGCCAUGAAGCUGUCUGGUGAAGUCGUUUGUCGGGCUGGAUGACAGGU